UUGCAUGUUGCAAUUUUGUUUUGUUAUAAAUAACUAUCAUUGUGAUAAAAUAUGUGAGUGUUAAUAUAAAGAGACAAUUCGGUUUCUGUAACAAAUACUCCGUGAAAAGCGUGUAAAUAUUCUUUAAUUUUAAUAAUGUUAAAUGUUUAAAGAAGAAGCUUUGUUUUCAUACUUACGUAUUCAAUUACGUUAUCAAAUUUACUUUUCUUUUAACCAAAAUGGGAAAUCAACUCGUUGGCGUAGCACCUUCACAGAUAUAUCCAGUUGAGCAUUAUUUAAGUGACCAUGUAGAUUUAUCAUUUGAUCAAAGCCUUGGCUCAACAAGAUUUUUUAAAGUUGCACGAGCUCGCACCAGAGAGGGUUUGGUUGUGGUCAAAGUCUUUGCAGUCCAUGACCCAUCACUGCCACUAGCAGAGCAUAAAGAGAGGAUACUGAAGAUUAAAGAGCAACUUGCUUCAGCUUUCAACUGUUUACCAUUUCAAAGAGUUAUUCUUACUGACAAGGCAGGCCUUUUAAUGCGAGAGUAUUGUAAAUGCAGUGUGUACGACAGAAUGUCAACUCGGCCAUUUCUAACAGUGCUAGAGAAGAAAUGGAUCACAUUUCAAGUUCUUUAUGCAUUGCACAGAAUGCAUAAGCUUGGCAUCUGUCAUGGUGAUAUUAAGCUAGAAAACAUAAUGGUAACAUCUUGGCUGUGGGUCCUACUAACAGAUAUAGCGUCAUUCAAGCCCACCUUCCUGCCUGAUGACAAUCCCGCUGACUUCAGCUAUUUCUUCGAUACGUCAAGAAGGAGGCUCUGUUACGUUGCGCCAGAGAGAUUCGUCAGGGCUCCAGACCCUAAUGUUAGAAAUUCGGGUGAUGAUAGAAGUAGCAGUUUAUUGUUGAGUGAAUCGCCCUGCAAAAUCGGUGAGCUGAUCCCCAGUAUGGAUAUAUUUUCGACUGGGUGUGCACUUCUAGAGCUCUGGAACGAUGGCACCCCAGCAUUAGAUCUUCCAGGGUUGCUUGCAUACAGAAAUGGGGAAGAUCGUCCCCCCACCAUGACCCUACCGGACACCUGCGAACAAGAGUUACGGAGCCUGUUGGAAUCCAUGACAGAAAGAAACCCAAAAGACAGACGCAGUGCAGAGAUAUAUUUGGAUGAAGCUAGGGGCAAAUUGUUCCCCGAAUACUUCUACUCGUUCCUGCAAUCGUACAUGCUGAUAUUUUCCGCGCAACCAAUCCUGCCGGCCGACGAGAAAAUAGCCCGUAUCUACCAGGACAUAAAGAACAUAAUCAAGAUCUUCACUCAACCGUCCAACUCGAAAGACUACCGAAAUCUAGUACCGGAGACCAGAGAAAUCCCUAAAGUUGAUAUGGAAGCGUUAAUAAAGGAAGGGUUUAGAGUCAUGAACGUCAAUGUGUCCGAUUUGGAUGAUGAUAAUGAUAAUAAGACAUUGGAAAAUAAAGAGAUGGGCCCCGAUGGUGAGGGGCUGAUUUUGAUUACGUCGCUAGUGACUUCUUGUAUUAGAGGCUUGCAUCAUUGCACUUCGAAGUUGCAUUGUUUGGAGAUAUUGCAGCUGUUGUGCGAGAAUUCUAGUUCGGAGACGAUUCUGGAUAGGAUUUUGCCUUUUAUUAUCUACCUGUCUCACGCGCCGGAAUCUCGAGUCCGCGCUGCGGCUAUAUGGUGCGUCGCGAAAUGCGUCUCGUGUGUCCGGAACUUGCCUCCGCAAGAUUGCAACGUGUUUCCGGAAUACAUACUUCCGGAACUGGCGCCUAGGGCUUCCGAUCCGGCGUUGCCAGUGCGGAUUGCGUACGCUAAUAACAUUGCAAAAUUGGCAGAAACUGCAGUAAGAUUUCUGGACCAGACACAGAACAUGGCGGAUAAAGAAGCGGCUAACAUAAACUACGAAACUGAACUUUCGGCGUUGCAUGAAAUGGUCCGUUCCACAGUAUCGUACCUACUGACGGAUUCUCAAGCCGUAGUAAAGCGGGCAUUGGUCGAAAAUGGUAUCACGAAGCUGUGUGUUUUCUUUGGAAAACAAAAAGCAAAUGACGUAAUCCUGUCGCAUAUGGUAACGUUCCUGAACGAUAAAGAGGAGGUGGCUCUUCGGGGGUGUUUCUUCGAGCGGGUGGUUGGAGUCGCGUCGUAUGUCGGGCAGCACGCAGCGCCCAUACUACUGCCGUUGUUACAACAGGGCCUCACAGACCAAUCCGAGUGGAUUAUAGCGAAGGCAUUACGUGCUACUACGAGUUUGGCGGAACUGGGGUUACUGCCGAAGCAGGCCCUUUGCGACUUGGUGGCUGAAAGUGCUGUAUAUCUUGCUCAUCCUAAUCUAUGGAUUCGUCAUGAAGUGUGCGGUUUGGUGUCUUGCGUGGCCGGCCUGUUGAACCCCAUCGACGUCAACUGCAAAAUACUGCCGCUCGUGUGGCCCCACCUCAAACACAAACUCAUCCAGGUGGAAAGAGCAGAAUUGCUGCUAGAAAGCUUAGCAGAACCUAUACCGAGGAAAGUUAUGGACGCUGUGUUAAGACAUGGUGACGUCGACCGUCUUGUGCAGACUUUGCGAGAGAGGCGGAGUGCUAGACUAAAGGUAAAACAAGGAAUGAUGCCUCAAUACUCGGAAAUGGGUCAACAGCUCAAGAACUUAUUUAGAAGACUGGCGUCUGACGGUAUGACAGAACAUGUAGAAAACCAAUUAUUGGCCAUGAGCGCUCACCUCAUCAAGAUUCAAAGCUCAUCGACGCAGCAUAUAACAGACGCGCCCGGAAGAUUGAUUCUGAAUGGAGGUGGCAUAUCGAGGUCUGCGCAACUUGAUACAGGGGGCGAUACAUUAGCGCACAACGUCGCAGAAAAACUCUACGCUUCUUCGCAGACCAGGAGGCCUCAUAAAACGUCUCUGUCCCACGAAACUCACAUGAACACUGAAUGGCAGCACAUGUUCGGACAAACCCAGGAGCAAUCUACUAUCAAAGGGUCUGAGACUGUGUCUCAGUCGGUCGCGUCUGGCGCUGUGAGUGCGGUCCAAGCGAGCGCGGUAUCAGUCAGCCAACCGCCACAUUCACAGAUGGGCACCCUGGGCCAUAGCGCCAGCUACGUUCAAUAUAGUAUGGCCCCGUGUCGCAUGGAACUGAGAAAUUUAGUGACGCGCAUGCAACAGAAAUUCCAGAAGUCUUUGAGGAGUAACGACGAUAACGUGGAGGCAAGUGAAGAUCUGUUAACCCCUGCGACGUGGCGACCCGGCAACCAACUUUUAGCUUAUCUACAUGAACACAAGGCUCGGGUCAACCAGCUAGUAAGGAUGCCAGCUCACCGUAACCUCUUCGGGUCUUGCUCGGAUGACGGAACGGUUCGGUUAUGGGACGCAUCCAAGUUGCAGGGCCACGCUUAUGUUAACAAAUCGAAAUCCAUGUACAACAGAAGCGCGGGUCCGGUGAUAUCGCUAGCGGCGUGUGAAGGUGGCCACUCACUGGUUGCCGCCACGCAAGAAGGAUCCAUAUUUGUUUUGAGGUUAGACAGUGGAUCGUCUCGUAUGAGCUUAUCCCAAUGCCGCCAACUGGAAAGCAGCACAGAUGGCGCAUGCGUGGCAUGUUCGUCCGCAGGCGGUGUACACGCGGGUGUCAUAUCCUACGCGACACUCAACGCGACUGUCGUGGGCUGGGAUUUGAGAGCGCCUGGCAACGCGUGGAAACUGCAAGGAGAUCUAAAGCAAGGCGUGUACACAUGUCUAUACGCGAACAGCGCCGGAUAUCUCGCGGUCGGUACGUCAAGCGGCGCCGUCUGCGUGUGGGACCUGCGGUUCGGACUACCCAUAACGUCUGUUAAACACCCAAAUUCGGAGCGCAUCCGUCGUAUAGUAGGCUUCGGGGGGACUUCGUCACGGGUCUGGGCAGUGGGGGGCAGGGACGCAGCCGCGUGGUGCUUGGAAUCCACGCAACGGACCCACGCGCUAUGGCCCGCCACGGCCGGAGCACAACCCCUACAAUACAACCCAGUGGCUUCGCAGUACAUAAGCUCCUUGUACUGUGGGACACGGGACGGUAAUCGGUUCCUCAUCUCAGGAGGUUCGGACCAGCGUCUUCGGCUAUGGGACCUUCAACAUCCAGAGGAUUCUCAUGUCCUACUGAACGCGCCCCAUGACCAGCUUAACGCGCUUAAAUACAGAAGUCGCAUAGUCGACGGCACAACCGUAAUCCAGGAGGUCUGCAAAGCCAACACUUCCGUGCCGCCUUCUCUUCAGGAGGACAACGUGUACCGCACCGUCGAGUCCAGAAGCUUCUACCACACCGCACCUAUCACCGAUAUCACCCUGGUUGAAGCCAGCAGGUGUUAUUUGGUCAGCUCCUCUGCAGAUGGCGUCAUCAAUGUGUGGAAGUAGUUAAGUCUAGAAGAUUCUGCCACUGCUCCUGUCAUCGAAAUCGCCCGAAUCCAGCAAACGGGGUUCCCAGCAGACUGUAUCAUGAAUUUGUGGAAAUAGUAACGUCUAGAAGUGUCUACCACUGCUCCGCUCCUGUCAUCAACAUCACCCUGAUUGAAGCCAGUAAGCCUUACCUGGUACACUUCCCCGCAGACUAGACUGUAUCAUGAUUUUGUGGAAAUAGUAACGUCUAGAAGUUUCUACCUUUUCUCCUGUCAUCAACAUCACCCUUAUUAAAGCCAGUAAGCCAUACCUGGUACACUCCCCCGCAGACUAGACUGUAUCAUGAUUUUGUCGAAAUAGUAACGUCUAGAAGUUUUCACCUUUUCUCCUGUCAUCAACAUCACCCUUAUUGAAGCCAGUAAGCCAUACCUGGUAAACUCCUCCACAGACUCGAAAUAGUAACGUCUAGAAGUUUCUACCACUGCUCCUGUCCUCAACAUCACCUUUAUUGAAGCCAGUAAGCCAUACCUGGUACACUCCCCCGCAGACUAGACUAUAUCAUGAAUUUGUUGAAAUAGUAACGUCUAGAUGUUUCUACCUCUGCUCCUAUCAUCAAUAUCACCCAUGGAAGCCAGUAAGUCCUACCUGGUACUCUUCUCUGCAGAGGAUGUCUUUGAUGCGUGGAAGUAGUAAAGUCUAAAAGAUUUCGGCCAAACCGCACCCAUCACCGACAUCACCCGGUCCCAGUUGUAAAUAAAAGCUGUUAGCGACAGAACUUAUCAGAUGUAUUGUUAGAAUAAAAUCUAUAAAUCCAAACCAAAAAAGUUUUAAUAAUAAAUAUAUAACACGACAAUGCACACAUCGCCAUCUAGCCCCAAAGUAAGCGUAGCUUGUGUUAUGGGUACUAAGAUGACUGUUAAAUGUUUUUUUUAGGAAUAAUAUA